CUGGUUGUCAGUGUGUUGAACAGGUUUGUUCAGCAGCUGGUUUGAUUUUUGUUCCUCUUCACAAUGUGCAGAUGCCUCCAAGUGAAAAUAUUUAACCAUGAACUGUAGCUUUAAUGUAUAUUCUGUGGUUGUUUGAAGGCACAGCCUCUGAAUUGAAUGUAAACAAUACCAAAAACCGUCAAAAAAUAGUCCCGUAAAGUAUCAAAGUCAGUGCAGCAGAACCAAAAACCAUCUUUCAUCCAUCUUUCAUGUUCCAUACAUCCCUUGUCAGAACAUAGCACAAGUCUGAGCUUUGGGUGUUUUCUGCCUGGAGCUUCUGGCCUGAGGCAGAAAUGAGGAGCAGGUUACAGAGGUCUGAUAAGCUCACUUCUUUCUUAAUUCACACAGCUCUACCUUGAGCCACAAAAGGCUUUAUACAACUUAUGCAGUUGUCCUCCCCAAGCUCUGGAGCCAGAAUCAGUGGACUUACCCUUAAAGUUGCCUGCCACCCCCAAUAUAAUGAUGUUUUGUAGAUGACAUAUCAUCUACAAAAUUACAGACUGGGGCUUUAAAGUUCCACCUCAAAGACAAAUACCACCGACAGAGAACGGACAAGUAAGUUUGAAGCUUUAAAUCUGGUUUGAUCUGAAUGACCUUGAUAAUAGAACGCCACACCUCCCUCCCUCCUUGAGUCCUGACAGCAGGGUCUCCCGUGGAUCCAACAGGAGCCUGAGCGCUGCAUGAGGACAGUGCAGCCGUGUGUCCAUCCCACUGAGCUAUGCUGCUGUCAGUGGCCCCUGGCGGAGCUGCUGCUGCUGCUGCUGCUGCUGCUGAGCAUGUACUCGGCUGGUCCACAGGACAGAAGGAAGGCUUCCCAUCAACACGCACCCAGGUUGCGGACAUGGAUCGCUAAGAGCACGGCUCCGACGCAAGAGUGCUGUCAUCAAGCUGUUAUUCAUCCCUGCAUCAUGGAGGCUCAGCCUGGUGCAUCAUGGGAGCUCAUCAACGUUGUGACAGAUACAAUAUAUGAGGACUGAGAGGUCGUCAUGGAGACUGACAGCUAUACCUCAAGCCCAGCCACCACUGACUGGGUUGGGACGGUGGCCGGCAUAGAGGGAACGGGAGUCCUUCAGGAGCAGGGAGGAGGGGGCUCGUCCAGCAGCCCAGUGUCCUGGUACAUGCCAUACUCACUGGGCUUCCAGGUCUCGCUCACGGCCUUCCUCAUGCUGGAGCUGGUGUUGGGUUUCAGCAGCAACCUGACAGUGCUGGUACUCUACUGCUCUCAAUCCAAUUUAGUGGACUCGGUGAGCAACAUGGUGACUGUCAAUCUGCACGUGCUGGAUGUGGCGGUGUGUGUGCUGUGUCUACCGCUCACCCUGGUGGUCGUGCUGCUGCCUCCAGGACCAAACCUUGCCCUGAUCUGUUGCUUCCAUGAAGCCUGUGUCACCUUUGCCAGCAUCGCCACCGCCAUCAACAUCCUGGUAAUCAGCUUGGACCGAUAUGACAUUUCAGUACGGCCGGCCAACAGGCUGCUGACAACCCGCAGAGCAGCGCUGCUCCUGACUGCUGUUUGGGUCACCUCAGUAGCUGUGUUUUUUAUCCCAUUCUUGGAGGUGCAGUGGUCCAGUGGAGAGGGAUCGGAGGAGAAAGGGCAGGUGGCACCCUUGCCUUUGUCUUCAAAUGGCAUCAGUGCCACAGUGGUGCCAGCAUGGCGUAACCGGACACUGCUGUGUGUUGGCGGGCAGGGCAAUCACACAGGCCUGGGUAUGCAUUACCAUCUUAUCCUACAGGUGCCCAUCUUCUUCACCACUGUGGCAGUCAUGCUCUUCACCUACUCCAGAAUAUUGAGGGCCUUAAACAUCCGCAUUGGCUCCCACAUGAAAAAGACCCCACGCUUCAGAGGCCCCUCCUGCAGGGGGCGCCACAAGAGACAGAAAAAAAAGAGAGCAGGGCUCAGAAUGAUUGAUGGCAGGGAGGUAGGAGGAGAGCAAUGCACCACAGAUGGUACCAAACAGCUCAGUCACCCUCCUCUCAUUCCUUCCCCCUCUCCCACCCCCACAGCUACCUCCCCCCCUGCCCUGUCCUCAUCUGCCCCGCUGGUCACCUCUGACACGGGUGCUGCCACCUCCAUGCCAGCCACCAUGGGUGUUCAGGCCUCUGUGUCGGCAAUCAUUGCCUUGCGGAGGGCAGUGCGGCGACACAGGGAUCGGCGGGAGCGCCAGAGGCGGGUGUUCAGGAUGUCCCUCAUUAUCAUCACCACCUUCUUGGGCUGUUGGGCUCCCCUCUCUGUCAUCAACAUGCUAAUCCUUGGCAUCGGCCCCAGUGAUGCCCUGAUCAGCCUGCGCCUCUGGUUCCUAGCCCUCGCCUAUGGCACCACUGUCUCCCACCCUCUGCUCUACGCUUUCACCCGACAGAAGCUGCGCCGUGCCCUCCGUGCCAAGGUUAAAAAGAGGGUUGUGUCCCUGCUCCAAGUAGACCCUUCGCCUGGAGGCACUGUCAUACACAACUCCUGGGUGGAAAACAGAAAAACCAGCCGGCAGGUGCGGCUGGAAGCAAGCGAAGGUACUGACCGUUGCCUGGCAGAGGCCCUGUGAGACUGGCACUAUUUGCUACUGUAAGUUGUUUCAUUAGAAAACUCACUGGUGCGUGAAGCCAGUAUAAGAAAUGUGAAAAACACAUUUCCACCUCUGGGAGAUGUUUUAGCGUAACCACCAGCAGCAAGCCCAGCCUAAACACAGCUAACUUUCACCUCAGGCAGCCGUGGAAGCAGGAUGCUGUCGUCACUGUGGCACGCACAGCCUUUGCAGCUGAAGAAAAUCAUACAACAACAAAACACACAAGUGUAUAUAAUUUGCACUCUGUCAAAUGCUGAAGUCUGUUUACAUAUGGAGUUGUAUGAUAGCGCGCUCUCACAGUGGUGCUUACAUAACUGCUCCAAAGAAUGUGUUCAGCUAGCAGAUGAUCUGAUCUGCCUCCUGCUCAAAUGCUCCAAGGCAGCUUUAAAAAAUGUUGAUACACUUAAAACACAUCAAUACUCAACAAACUCUUUGAAUGUAUUUAAUUUUGUCUCUGCCUUAAUUCUGUUUGGCUAGAUGCCGUGUUGUGUAUUCUGAACAAUGAAUAUUCACAAGCAAGACUGCCACAUGAAACAUGAAGACGAGACAAGAUGUUCAUAUGUUUAGGAGGGUCAGUACAUAGAGCACAGGUAAGGCACAGGUCUGAGGACAAUUAAAGUGUGAAAUAUUAAAUGCAGUUUUGCUUUAGCUUUAGUUAUUAUACAUACAAAUGUUACAGUGUUUAUAUAAAAUCUUGCAAAGUUCCUUGAUAUCAAUGCAACUCUUUUUGUCCCAAGUUUGUAUCAAAUGGUGUAAUUUGUUGGUGUUUUCGCGUAUACUGCAAGGGGAAGGUAAGCACAGGCAUUUAAAGGAUAGUUUGACAUUUUGGAAAAUAUGCUCAUUUGCUCUCUUGCAGAUAGUUAGAUGUUCAGAUAGAUACCACUCUUAAUGUCUUUAUAGUAAAUCUGAAGCUGGUUAGUUUAGCUUAGCACAAAAACUGGAAACAGGGAAAUUGCUAGCUCGGCUACUGUCAGUCAGUAGAGAGAAUUUGUUAAUUAGUGAGCUUUAGAGGUGUUAGAGAUAUUAUGUUUAGAGGUGUUUCCAGUCUUUAUGCUAAGCUAAACUAACAGGCUGGCUGGCUGUACCUUCAUAUUCACUUAGAGACAUGAGAGUGGUGUCAAUCUUCCUCUCUGACUCUUGGUAAGACAGUGGAUAAAGAUAUUUUCCAAAACGUCUAACCAUGACUUUAAUCUGUAAAGACGAUAUUUAUCUUAUGAGUCAUCAGGUGUUAAAAGAAUUACAGGUUGUCAGCUGGCUGAAGAAGCUAGUUAGGGUUAGACUGUAAAAUGGACAGGUUUUGGACAAAAUAACAGGGAAACCUUCAAUAAAAUGCAGUCCAGUUCAUCACCAA